CUACAACCGCCCGCCGAAGAAUUGUCUGUCUUUGCUUCCCCGACCCUCCGCUGUCCACUGUCAUCUCUCGCUGGCGGACUGGUAUGUCCAUCGUGCUGUUCUAUUUCGCCCUCUAGUCUGCUCUUCUCGCCGUCUUCCUCUUCUAAUCCCGCUGCCUACCCCGCCGUUGCCCUACCGCUUCUCCCGCCCCAGGCAAUUUCAGCCGCGCAAUUCGCUGCUUGAUGGAUGUCGACACCUACCGUGGCCAUCAUGAACGGCGUCUCGAGGUUCCUCAGUCGCCGAGACAAGCACCAUGAGAAACGCGGCUCCAAGCAUGCGCGCAGUAAAUCUCGACCAGUCGUCCCGUCCGACCUGUACACUAUAUUCUCCAACGAAGAGCUCAAGUUGACCGAAAAAGACGAUGAAAAGAAGAUCAAGAUGCUUGUCCAGCGACUCCAUGCCGCCGGAAUCACAAGGCUCGGAGAUGCGCAGGCUGAAUAUGCCUUGUCAAGGUACCCCAACGAUCUCGAUCAGGCCUACGAUAUGCUCGUCCUGGCGAACGACUCAUUCGAGGGGAUCUUGAAGGACUUCAAUCCGAACGUGAAGAUGCUGGGUGCCGAAAACCGGAACAUGGUGACGUGUUAUUUAGACGCACUGCUUUUCGCCAUGUUCGCCAGGCUGGAUAGCUUUGAGGCCAUGCUGUUUGACACUUUCAACGACGAGCCACGGAAGAAGCUUGCGGCCGUGCUACGCCUGUGGGUAAAUCUACUGAGGGCUGGCCGGCUCAUUACAACAGACCUUACCAAACAUCUCCAAGAAGCGCUAGGAAAUUGCGGCUGGGAAGAAGCUACCCAACUCUGUCAGCAGGAUGCUUCCGAGGCCUUCACUUUCAUCACUGGCGCUCUCGAACUGCCACUUCUGACUCUCAAGAUGGACAUUUAUCACACAGGGAGGGAAGACAAGGAGGACGAUCACAAGUUUGUCAAUGAGAGGUUGCUGGAAGUUGCCAUUCCGGAGCAAGAGGGAGAUAAGACUGUCACUCUAGAAGAUUGUCUUGAAACAUAUUUCAACAACCGGAUUGAGGUUAAGCGAUACCUUCAAAGACAAAAUACUGUGGGCUCCUUCAGGUCAUUCGAUAGGGAUGCCGAUAAAGGCCAGAUCCUGCACAUUGAGGCGGUCGAGGUAUCGUCGGCACCGAACUCACCGACCGUCUCCAGCCCUGUUGCUUUAACCCCUAUUUCACCCAUCAGACCUCUUGACGGACGUCGACGAGCAGAUAGCAUUUUCAGCGAGCGAUACACUCCACACGGAGAGCCGUCCGAGAAGAAGCGGUUCGACGAGAAGAGGCUGUUAGACGAGAUGCUAAACAACAGCUCCGCAGGCCGGCCACGCUCCGCAUCGCUUCGUAAGGAAGUCAUGAUGCCUGCGUGGCAGUUUUUCAGCCUGAUACCCUGGUAUACCGAUAACGUGCCAAAGACUGAUGCACAGGUCGCCGCUCACUUCUCCGCGAAGCGUCCUGUUCUUGGAAUAUGUCUCAAGCGCUACAUGAUGCUCACCAACGGCUCUCCAAAACGCCUGGAUACCUACAUCGAUAUUCCCCUCGAAAUUGGCCUCCCCCAUUUCAUUUCCGAUGAUCGCAUGGACGAGGUCGGCCCUCUUUUUGGCAACUUCAAGCUCGUUCUUCAGUCCAUUGUUUGCCAUCGCGGAGUUUCGGUCGAUUCAGGCCAUUAUAUUUCCCUUGUUCGAGCAAACGGUAGUCCAUCAAAUCCCGUCCGCCCUGGAAGCUCUUCUUCACAAUCGGUGGAGGUCACAGAUUCGUGGCUCCGCUUCGAUGAUCUAGCCAAAGAACGCGUCACAGAAGUCGAUAUCAAGGAGGCUCUAAAAUCCGAGUCUCCAUACCUCCUCUUCUUCCAGGUCCAGCCUAUUGAUGAAGAGCUAGCAUCAAGAGGGGAUCCCCCAAGUUACGCCGAAGCCCAAUCCGGCCUUCCUUCCGUCGAUCCCUCAAAAGAAACCCUCGCCUCAACCGACGCAACCACUACAGACGCCGAAACUACCGAAACCGGCGACUGGGAGAAAGUCGGCUCCACCGACCUCCUCCACAUUGAAUCCGCAAACUCCGAAGAACCAAUCGGUCGGAGCAGCAUGUCUAGCAAUCACCGCAGCAGCGUAGCAUUCGAAGAACUGGAGGGAAGCAUGCACAGCGGCUCAAGAGGCCGCACGGCACCCACCACCCCUGCGGAAGAAAAGGCUGGGUUUUUGUUGACUUCGCGACGGAAUUCGAAGAACUGGAUGGGUGGGGGUACUAAGAGUCGUCCGAGCAGUCAGGCUGGUGAAAGCAGACUUAGUCUUACAAUUACAAGGCUGACGGGUAGAGGUAGUAAGGACAAACUCCAAGUCUCGGAUGGAGGGGGUGCAGAUGACCCCGUUAUCGUUAUUAAUGAAGUUGAAAGUAAGGAAGGUAGUGACGGGAAUGAGAGCCCCGUGAAGGAGAAGCAUGAGAAAUAUGCUGGUCGGAAUGUUGCGAGUGGGAGGAUUGGGAGAAGUAAGAGUAAGAGGGACAAGGGGAAGGAGAAGAUUAGGUUGAGAAGUAAGAGCCGGGAGCCUAGGGAUGUUGGGGGGAAUCAUGAGAAGGAGAAGGGGAAGCAUAAGGAGAAGAGUAGACCGGAUCGGGAGUGCUUGGUAAUGUGAGGGAGUUGGGUAAAUUGCGGUUGGUGCGGAUCCUGAAUCCCGCUUGUGCGUCUGUAUAUUGUUAGCGUUCGUUGCAUUUGCAUGCUUGUAUGCCCUCUUUUUGUCGGUGGCCUCCUGGACUGCACAUGGAGUUUCUAGGAUGGAGUGGAGUUGGGAUCUUCUUGCAUUGUGGAUAUGGGUACGGUUAGGCGUUUGUAUUGUACAUAUGGCCGGGACUUGGUGUUCCGUAUGCAUGCAUGGAUAGGUGGGAUAGGUAGGAUAGGAUAGGACGGGAUAGAGUAGAUACCCUGAGCCUAGCCAUGACAAUGAGAUCGAGCAUU